AUGCAACGUUCAAUGGAAUCUGAUUUUGAAGAUGAAGAUGAAAUAUGUUAUACAUCAAAACGUCGUGUACAUCCUCCAAUAUCUCAACAUUAUGAUGAAGAUUCAUUUCCAUCAUCAUCUUGGACAAAUCCUCCUAAUGAAAAUGAACUUGAAGAAGAUCAAUGUAGUUCAUCAAUUGAUUAUUAUCAUAAUGAUAUUAAUAAUGAAAUAUUUAAUUUACCAAUAAGUUCAAAUGAUCUAUAUGUAACACCACAACAAGCAUUACAUUUAGCAACAAUUUAUGAAUUUUUACGUCAUUUUUCAUCAAUAUUACGUCUUACACCAUUUCUAUUUGAACAUUUUUGUAUAUCAAUUAUUCAAUCAAUUAAUAUAAAUAAUAUAUUAUUUUCACAAAUACAUAUAUGUUUAUUACGUUUAUUAAUUAAACAAGAUGAUGAUGAUAGUAUAACAUAUGCAUCUGAAACAGAUAUUAAAGGUAUUAUUGAUUUAUCAUUUGUUACUAUGGAUUAUAUAACAUGGCCAUAUAUAUUACAAUUAUAUGUUACAUCACAUCCACAAUUAAAAAUAUAUACAUCAAUUGUUAAAGAUUAUCCAUUUAAUACAAAUAUUCAAGAAAAAAUUGAUAUACUAUCAGCUUUAUGUGAUGUUGCAUUAACAACAAAAACUAUACGAAGAGAAUUUGAUGAUACAAAACCUAAACAACAUGAUGAUAAUUGUAGACAAUGUCAAAAACGUGGUGAUUUACUCUGUUGUGAUCGUUGUGAAGCAACAUAUCAUCUAGCUUGUCUUAAUCCACCAUUAAUAAGUGUACCAACUGUUGAAUGGUUUUGUCCUGUAUGUAUACAAAAUCAAGUACAUGGUGUAACAGAUUGUAUUCCUCUACGAGAAAAUCGACCAUUUUAUUUACGUCAUCGAUGUAUUGGUCAUGAUCGAGAACAACGAAGAUAUUGGUUUGUUUGUCGUCGACUAUUUGUAGAGGAUGAAACCGGUAAAGAUGUACGAUAUUAUUCUACACUUGAUCAAUUUGAUACUCUAUUAUCCUAUCUUGAUGAUACAGGACCAGAAAAAUUAUUAGUUUAUCGUUUACAAAAACGAUAUAAUGAUAUAGCACGUUGUAUGCAAAUAACAGCUGAACUUCAAACAAUAUCUAUACCAUUGGAUCAAUCGCCAUCAAUGACAAAUCUAAUGUCAACAACAAUUGAUUAUGUACCAACAUUAGAUGAUGAUGAUGAUCAAAAAUCAUUAUCAAUGUUUACAGAUGGUUUAAUACCAUAUCAUUUCGAUGAAAUCAUAACAAAAAAAAUUGAUUAUGAACAUCUUAUUAAUAUGAUUAAAUUAAAAAUAAAAUCAAACAAAAAUAUUUGUUUAAUGCAUAGUCAGAUAGAUGGUAUUGUUGAUAAUGAUGAAAAAGAUACAAAAUCAUUAGUUAAAAAACGAGAAUAUUUUGUUCAUUCAACUAAUAAUUAUGAUUAUUCAUCAAAAAUCAAUGGACAAAAUUACUAUACAAACGACUUACCAGUAUCGAAUGAUUUAAUCUCCGUUUCACGAUUUAAUUCAUCAAAUAGAUCUUUAUUAGAAGAACGAUUACGACGUAUACAUAUUGCACUUAAACGUUUAAAUGAAAAUGAUAUUAAUGAAACAAUUUGGCAACGUUAUGAACAGUAUCAAACAAUGAAUAGAUUUCCUUCUCAUAAUCGUAAUAAUACAUAUUCAACAAAUACAAAUCGUACAUAUUCAACACAUAAUACAUCUUAUCCACGUAGUAAUUAUUAUCGUGAUUAUUAUACGGGUAAUAAUUAUGAAGAUGAAGAUGGAAUGUUACUUGAUAAUGAAUAUGAUGAUUUUGGUGAUGAUUUUUUUCAACAAGAAGAAAAUAUUGAUGAAUUUGAUAUGCCAUUUAGAAAAUAUGGUAUAAAUUCAAAAAAUAUCUUACUAUUUAAAGAUUAA